GACGAUGCGUGCAUAGUGCACUAGCACUACUCGCGAACGUGGCAGUGGCAGUGAGUCAUUGCUCCUCGUGCGUCAAGGUUUUGUCAGCUUUCGUGGUUAAUUUCGAUACCACACAUUAACGCGUAUAGUAUACGUUCGUUCGAUUUGUAAUAAUUGUGGUAAUUAGGCCUACGUGCGUUACGUUUUUAUUAUUAAUUUUAUUUUUAUCAAUAUGUAGAAGUUCGGAAUAUGUAUCAUUGGUUAAUCAUUAUCGUUCAUGUGGGUAGCAUUUUGGCGCGAAAUUUCCAAUUACCAAAUGAUUUCUCAGAUUCUGAUGAUGACGAAGUGGCUGCUAAUAUUGAUGAUUACGGGUCUGUGGAUGAAUCAGAAAAUUAUGAUGAUGAUAUUAGGCUACACAAUAAUGAAAAUACCACAUCACAAAAUAUCUCAGAUUCAUUACGAUUUAUUCGAGAGCUGAAGAAUAUUACCCGCACUUCUGGUGAAACGGUGAAAUUAACCUGCGAAGUGCACACAGAUCCAUUAUUAGUCGAAAUCAGAUGGUUCAAAAAUGACGUACCAAUAUUAAUUAAACGAAAAUCGAGAAUCACAGAGAAGAACACGAUUGGAAAACAAAGGACAUCUCUUAUAUCUCGUCUCAAAAUUGCAAAUUUAGAAGUUCACGAUAGUGGUUUUUAUAAAUGUACUGCUACGAAUAAUGUUAUUUCAAAAUCUUCUACAGGGAUUUUGAAUGUUAAACCUGGUCAGUGGGGACAGAAUUCUGGAUCUCAUGAUUUACCGGACUUUGAACCGUCGAUUCCAAAUUUUCAAACAAUCCUGAAAUCACCAAACAUCAAUAUUAUAAACAAGAACUUCAACUUGAACGGUAACAUGGGUGCAAACGCAGCUCCUCCAAAUUUCAAUAUUGGGCCCAUCUAUCCUUAUCCUGUAUGUGAACCGUAUCGAGGAACAUACUGUAAGAAAUAUCUCGGCGAAAAUAACGUAUUUAUACCAGCCAAUGUAUCCCAAGUUCUUAUAGAGGCGAAGAUUGCAGAUGCCUUCAAAGUCAUCAACCACUCGGACGAUUUAUCAAAAUCGUGCGAAAUGUUCGCUAUCCCAACGCUUUGUUAUUUUGCUCUUCCUCUUUGUAAACAUUCGAAAAUACCAACGCCAGAAUUCAUAUGUCAGCAGGACUGUAAAAUUUUGGAAGAUGACAUUUGUAAAAUAGAAUACGCUAUAGCCAAGCGUCAUAAUUUAAUUGGUAAAAGAUUUGCUAUGCCGGAUUGCGUUGGACUUCCGUUAUUUGAUUGUCGAAGUUUAGGAUUACCCCAACCAGAGCAAAAUAAAAACGAUCAUUGUUAUUGGGGCGAUGGUUCAAAAUAUCGAGGAGUCGUAGACGAAACUGAAUCAGGAAAUAAAUGCAUACCGUGGAAUCAAGCUGCUCAUCGUAUUACAAUCGAGACUCCUGAAUUAAUCGGUGGCCAUAAUUAUUGUCGAAAUCCGGGUCAGGAACGUAAAAGACCCUGGUGUUACACGGCGGAUAAGAAAGAAGAAGCGUGUAACAUUCCUGAAUGCAUUGAUAAUACCAGUCUUCAAAAUACGAUAAUAGCUGUCUGUGGGUUGGUGACUUUUCUAUUUUUCAUAAUAUGCUACGUGUGUUGUACUCGAAGACGAGCGCGUAGAAAGAAACGCGAACAAAUUAUCUCAAAUAAAUUCAAGAUGUCUCCUGGCAAAACAAACAUCGUUAAAAUGAAACCCGGAAGCGAUUGUAACGUCAACAGCAGUAAACUAGAGAUGUCUUCUUUGAUUCCUACAUCUGCGAACUCUAGUCAAAAAUCAGAACGUCGUCCUCCAGCUGCCAAAGUAUUCGAGUUCGACUUCUCCGCCAUUAAAUUUGAAGAAGAGCUCGGCGAAGGAGCUUUUGGUAAAGUAUACAAAGGAGAAGUAAUCACACCAACUGGCGACAGGAUGAUGGUAGCGAUUAAAACGCUUAAGGAGAACGCGAAUUCUAAGACUGUUGGCGAAUUCAAAAGAGAAGUCGAACUCAUGUCUGAGUUACGUCAUCCAAAUAUCAUCAGCCUUUUGGGAGUUUGCAUGUCGAAAAGACUCUGUAUGUUGUUUGAAUUCAUGUCGUGUGGUGAUCUACAUGAAUAUCUUAUUGGACAUUCGCCUAAUCAAGACGUACCUCGUAAUAACAUGGAACCUAUUCUAGAACAGGAGGAUUUACUCAAUAUUGCUAUUCAAAUAGCAGCUGGAAUGGAGUACCUUUGUAAUCAACAUUUCGUGCAUAGGGAUCUGGCCACUCGUAAUUGCCUAGUUGGUCAUAAUUUAAUGGUAAAAAUAUCCGAUUUUGGACUCUCCAGAGAUGUGUACUCGUCUGACUAUUACAGAGUUCAAAAAUCAGCAUUGUUACCAAUUAGAUGGAUGUCUCCGGAAUCCAUUUUAUACGGUAAAUUUACCGUAGAAUCGGACAUUUGGAGUUUCGGGGUUGUCCUAUGGGAAAUCUAUAGCUACGGAUUACAGCCAUACUUUGCGCAUAAUAAUCAAGACGUUGUUGAUAUGAUUCGAUCUCAUCAAGUCCUGUCUUCGCCAGAAGGUUGUCCGCCAAGAAUGUAUGCUCUUAUGAUUGAAUGCUGGAAUCAAGUACCUAGUCGAAGACCUCAGUUUGCUGAAAUACAUUCUCGACUUGUUCAAUGGCGUGACACUUGCAGUAGCAGUGAUAAAACUGAUUCUACUCAGCUGUCUCAUAAUCCGCAUAAGAUUCAACAUCACCAUCAUCACCAUCAUGGUUACCCAGCCUCUGUUCAUGGUAUGAUAAUGAAAUAAAUAUGAGAGUGAUUUUUAAUUUUUUUUAAUGUGUUGUGUAAAAUCAGCGAUAAGACUAUUCUCGACGUAUGAUUUUUUUUUAAUUCGAUUGUGUUGAUAAAUUAUGCCUAUUAAGUUCCUUAAUGAUUGCAUUUUAGUUUUUAUUCGCCCUAUCUGGUUAUAGGUUACGAUUUUUUAUUUUAAAAAAUUGGUGUUAUUGCAAGCUUUUUGUCAACGUAAUACGUAGAUUUGUAUAUCAUUUUUGAUAUUUUUCCAGACAGCUCGAUUUUAAAUGGUACCUACUCCGUAAAUUGCACUAUUUUUUAGUUUCAGUUACCUCAUCUCUUUGUGUUUUUGCAUUAUUUUUUAUCAUUUUGUGAAUAUUUUUAACGGUUUUUAUCUUUAUAUUUUUUUUAUGUUUUCAUAUUCAUUUUUUUAUUCAUCGGACGAAUGAAAUACUUCAUUAUUUAUAUACUCGUACUUUUGUGAAAUACUUUCGUUGUUAAUUCAACUUUCGAAUGUGUUCGUUCUCGUAAAAACUCAAUUCAAAUCAAUGCAUCUUCAUUUUUAUACGUUUUUAUAUAUUAGAAAAUAAUUAAUACGUGUAGAUCUUGUAUCAUGUUGCUGAAGUAACAUUCGAACUUUCUAAAAAAAAGAAAAAUCUUCUAUACUGAUUAAUCAUACCUUUAGUUCAUAAUACUCCGCAAAAUUGAGUAUCACUUUGUUUAGUUGUUCACUUUCACAGUUUUAAUUUCAACAUUUUUGUUUCCUGUGAACGUGAUUUUCCUAUAGGUUACCAAAGAUGCAUUUUUUAAAUACCGAGUCCAUCUCGUGAGAUCAUUAUUGGAAAUCGUCAAAAUUUUUCUCAUCAGUCGAUGUGGCCAAUUACAGAGUUUUUCUCUUUAUGUUAAUUGAAUAAGCUAAGUAUAUUUUAAAGCAGAAACUCGAUGGUUGAAAUCAUUUUUUUGUGUAUUAUUGGAAUAGAUUUUUUUGUUUUAAUAGUUUUUUCGAUAAUACUAGUCAAGUGUGGCCAUUUAUACGAUAUUACCUAUAAUUAUGUGUAAGCAAUACUUUUUAAAUAAAAAUUGGACAGUUGUA